AUGAAGUACACCUCCUACGCCAGCCCCUCACCUCCUAGCAUUAGUAGCCUUCUCCUUCUCCUUCUCCUUCUCCUUGCUAAUGCUAGCCAGCUCCUCGACCAGCUUCCUCUCCUCCCCACUCAACCUCUUGGGAAUCUCCACCUGCACCUUCACCAGCUGAUCUCCCCUCAUAUUCCGUUUAUUCAAAAACGGGACCCCCUUUUUCGCCAUCACAAGUGUAGUCCCCGGCUGAGUCCCCGCCGGGAUUUUCAAAUCCACCAUCCCAUCUACGGUCGGCACUUUCACCGUCGUCCCGAGAAUCGCUUCUGUGUACGGCACCUUACACGUGUACAGUACAUUCGUCUCGUCCCUCUUCAAAACCGGGUCUUCCCGAACCUCAAUCGCCACGAAGAGGUCUCCCGGCGGGCCCCCCCUCAGGCCCGCGUUCCCUUCCGACCGGACCCGGAGCCGGCUGCCGGAGUCGACUCCGGCGGGGACUUUCAGGCUUAUCCGCUUGGAUUUCCGGAGGCGGCCGUGGCCGCCGCAGGCGGGGCACGGGGCGGAGGUCUCGCCGGAGCCGCCGCAGGCCGAGCAGGUGGAGACCUGUUGGAAGACUCCGAGAGGGGUCCGCGCGGAGGAGAUGACCUGGCCCUGGCCGGAGCACGCAGCGCAGGUGGAGGGAGUGGUGCCGGGUUUCGCGCCGGAGCCGUUGCAGGUCGGGCAGGAGUCGAGGCGGGAGAUCUCGAUUUCCUUGUCGGUGCCGAAGACGGCAUCUUUGAAAUCGAGGACGAGGGUGUAGAGCUGGUCCUCGCCCUCCGUUGCUCGGCUGCGGCGGGGGCCGCCGCCCAUGCCCUCGAAGAGGGACUCGAAGAGGUGAAGCUCAGCAGUCAGAAAACAAGCAUUCAAAAUGAGUACCUCGUAUGCAUUACUAAUCUCCUUGAACUUUUCCUCUGCUCCAGCUUCUCUGUAUUUGAGAUAUAA